GGAAUCCUCGAUCGAAAAAAACCAACCGGAGAAACAAGAGCAUUUCAGAAUUUCCACACACAAGCAGUCGGUCUUACUGGGGAUUCGGAAAAUGAGAGCCGCCGCCGAUGUUUGCCGGAGAAGCCUAAGCAGUGUUAUACGGCGGAGCUGUAGUUUGUACUGUACGGACCAAAGCUCCAGAGUCAAAAUCUUUGAUCGCAAUCUCAAGAGGAAACAACGGGAUAGAGCUGCGUGGUUAAUGAGCCCAAAGGAUUCUUUGCUGGAUGCAGUGGCUGAGAACUUACUGGAUCGAUUGGAGGAUUGUAAAAAGACAUUUCCUACAGCAUUGUGUAUGGGAGGUUCCUUGGAAGCAAUUAGGCGUCUGUUGCAAGGGCGCGGUGGCAUUGAGAAGCUCAUAAUGAUGGAUACUUCACAUGAUAUGGUGAAAUUAUGUAAACAGGCUGAACAAAGUUCGCCAAACAAAAAUGUGGAAACAUCAUUCAUUGUCGGUGAUGAAGAGUUUUUACCUGUGAAGGAAAGCUCUCUCGACCUGGUUAUCAGUUGCUUAGGACUUCAUUGGACAAAUGAUCUUCCUGGAGCCAUGAUACAGAGUAGAUUAGCUUUGAAGCCUGAUGGCCUUUUUUUGGCAGCUAUUCUUGGUGGUGAAACUCUAAGAGAGCUGAGAAUAGCAUGCACAGUAGCACAAAUGGAACGUGAAGGAGGAAUCAGUCCUCGGCUGUCACCUUUGGCACAGGUAGGUGAUGCAGGGAAUCUGUUAACUAGGGCAGGCUUCAGUCUACCUGGAGUUGAUGUUGAUGAAUAUACUGUGAGAUAUAACAGUGCUUUGGAGCUGAUAGAGCAUCUUCGUACUAUGGGCGAAACUAAUGCUCUAUUACAGAGGAGCAAAAUUUUGAAAAGAGAUACUGCCCUGGCAACAGCAGCUGUUUACGAGUCAAUGUUUGCUGCAGAAGAUGGCACCAUACCAGCAACAUUUCAGGUGAUAUUUAUGACUGGAUGGAGGGAGCACCCGUCCCAGCAGAGAGCUAAGCGGAGAGGGUCUGCCACAGUAUCCUUCAAAGACAUUCAGAAGCAGUUCGGUGGAGGUAGUUAGCACCCUGAAAACAAUUCUGUUUUACAAGGAGUGAGAACUUUUUCAAUGGACUCUUUUCGUUGGGUCUUGAACAGUCUAAUCAUGGUUUGAUAUAAUUUUCUGUUCCCCGUUGAGUGUGCCGUGAUCCUGCUAUCAUGCUGAAGCUCUACGAAUAUGUAUUUGUCUACGGUCUAACUUAUUUAUGCUGCCUUUUUAUCUUGAUUACCCAAAAGAAUGAACAUGAUUGCAGUCAUAGUAUACAAAUUUUUGCACCGAGUCUUUCAAGUGUUUGUCAUCAAAACAACCAAACACCACA